AUGUCAACAAAGAACCAUUAUGAUGUGCUUGGUGUAGCCAAGAAGGCAUCGCAAGACGAGAUUAAAGCUGCAUUCCGAAAACUGAGUCUCGAGACGCAUCCUGAUUUGAAUCCAGAUACAGAUGCAGAAAAAUUCAAAGCUAUCGCAGAGGCCAAUUCGGUGCUGUCAAGCCCUAAUGAACGAAUGAAGUAUGAUAGACAACUUCUGGAAAGGUCAAUGUGGAGAAAACCUGGAGGCGGCAUGUAUGGUGGGGAUAAUAUUCGACGUCCAGGUGCUCGGACGCAUGCGGGAGGAAUGAAUAUGGCAAUGCAGACACUUUCCAAUCCUCGAUAUUGGGCGGCUGGGAUUGUAAUUUUUGGAUCAUUGGCUGCACUCAUGGGUACAAUGACAUCGAAACGACCGGAAGUACACCUGCAUGGUUCUCCAGUUAUUGAAGCCUGGUUGAACCCGAAAACGAAGCAAUGGGAACAACCUGCUCCUUGGGACCCUGUCUAUCGAAAACUACAGCCUAAAUUGGAGAUGGUUCCGAGGCACAAGGUUCGUCGAAGAAAUAUGGAAAGAUGA